CCGUCGCCAGCUACUUCCUGCUCCCUGCCGGUGUUGCUUCAGUUUGGCGCGAUGGCUGCCGGCUGAUUCCCGCCGAGACAGCAGCAGGUGUGCAGGUGUCUCCGAGGUUCCAGGUGAGUCCCUUUUCAGUCCGCGUGUGGUGACGUCACCGGUUGAGGUGUGCUCAUGGAGGGGGAAGGUUCCUCAGUCGUCCGCCGCUCGCAGCCCAUCGCCAUCGCCUCCAACAGGUUCAAAGGGGCGGAGUCUUUGUCCUCGUCUGCGCCCGCCAUCCCCAACCCUUUUCCUGAGCUGUGCAGCCCCUCCCAUUCCCCUGUUACCAUGGCGACACUCACAGCACCAUCCAGUGACAGACACCUGCUGAAGGUGUUUGGCGAGGACCACCGUGGGCGCUCGCUGUGGGUGGGCCGCACCACCACGGCCAGGGAGGUGUGUCGCACGCUGGUCCGCACCGCCGGCUGCGGCCAGCAGGAGGACUGGACCCUGCUGGAGUGUCACCCCGCUCUGGGCCUGGAGAGGUGCCUGGAGGACCACGAGGUCGUGCUGGAGGUCCAGGCCAGCUGGUCCCUGACGGGCGACAGCAGGCUGCUCUUCUGCAAGAACUACGCCAAGGACCAGGUCUUCUGCCAGCCCGCGCUCUUCUUCCCGCAACACAUGAUCUCUGCCAACGCCCAGGUGGGAGAAGGGAUGACAUCAUCACAGCUGGUGCAGGACCUGCUGGGGUCGGGGGCGUGUCCUGAGAUCCAAGGUUUCCUGCACACCAGGGAGUCCAAGUCCUGGAGGAAGAUCUGCUACUUCCUGCGGCCGUCUGGACUCUACUGCUCCACCAAGGGGGCGUCUAAGGAAGCUGAACACCUGCGCCAUGUGGCCCACCUGCAGCACCUGCAGGUGUACAAGGUCCUGGAGGAGAGUGCACGAGUCCACGCUGCGCCCUCACGCUUCUGCUUCUGUCUCACACUCUCCAGAGGAUCAGUCCACCUGCAGGAUGGUGUGAUGAUGUGUGCUGACAGCGAUCAGAGCAGAACUUGUUGGAUGUCAGCAUUCAGACUGUUUAAGCAUGGCCAGCAGCUGCAGUGUAACUUCCAGGAGUCCAAGUGGUCCAAUCUGCAUGGAACCAAGCUGACUGAUGUCAAAGCUAAGUCAGAGGCCAGCCUGGUGGCGAUGGAGUUGUCAGGUAAAAGUGGGCGUGUCCUGCAGAGCCCAUCAGAGGUAGAAAGUGCUGAGCGAGCAGAAGGCCAAGGUUGGAGGCGUACGGAAGCCCUCAGGUGCAGUCUCCCCAACUUAAGCUCCGCCUCCAGAGCGUCCUGCGUGCACCUGACGCGGCCGUGGUUCCAUGGGGGCGUGUCCAGGAAGGAAGCCCACAGGCUGAUGGAGAAGCAGGGCCUCGUCGACGGCAUGUUCCUGGUGCGUGACAGCCAGCAGCAUGAAGAUUGUUUUGUGUUAUCGUUGUGUUACCAGCUGACCAUCAAACACUUCCUGGUUAUUCCCUGUGAGGAGCAGGGCAGGAAGUACGUGACCAUGGACGACGGUGCCAGUCUCUUCUUGGACCUGCAUCACAUGAUCCACUUCCACCUGCUCAACAAGGGAGUCUUACCUGUCUGUCUCUCACACCCCUGUGUGUGUCUCACUCGCUGACCUCUCUCACCCCUGUGUGUGUCUCACUCGCUGACCUCUCUCACCCCUGUGUGUGUCUCACUCGCUGACCUCUCUCACCCCUGUGUGUGUCUCACUCGCUGACCUCUCUCACCCCUGUGUGUGUCUCACUCGCUGACCUCUCUCACCCCUGUGUGUGUCUCACUCGCUGACCUCUCUCACCCCUGUGUGUGUCUCACUCGCUGACCUCUCUCACCCCUUUGUGUGUCUCACUCGCUGACCUCUCUCACCCCUGUGUGUGUCUCACUCGCUGACCUCUCACACCUCUGUGUGUGUCUCACUCGCUGACCUCUCUCACCCCUGUGUGUGUCUCACUCACUGACCUCUCACACCCCUGUGUGUGUCUCACUCGCUGACCUCUCACACCCCUGUGUGUGUCUCACUCGCUGACCUCUCACACCCCUGUGUGUGUCUCACUCGCUGACCUCUCUCACCCCUGUGUGUGUCUCACUCGCUGACCUCUCUCACCCCUGUGUGUGUCUCACUCGCUGACCUCUCUCACCCCUGUGUGUGUCUCACUCGCUGACCUCUCUCACCCCUGUGUGUGUCUCACUCGCUGACCUCUCUCACCCCUGUGUGUGUGUCACUCGCUGACCUCUCUCACCCCUGUGUGUGUCUCACUCGCUGACCUCUCUCACCCCUGUGUGUGUCUCACUCGCUGACCUCUCUCACCCCUGUGUGUGUCUCACUCGCUGACCUCUCUCACCCCUGUGUGUGUCUCUCACUCACUGACCUCUCUCACCCCUGUGUGUGUCUCACUCGCUGACCUCUCACACCUCUCUCACCCCUGUGUGUGUCUCACUCGCUGACCUCUCUCACCCCUGUGUGUGUCUCACUCGCUGACCUCUCACACCUCUCUCACCCCUGUGUGUGUCUCACUCGCUGACCUCUCUCACCCCUGUGUGUGUCU